CGGAUGACAAACUAAAUAAAAAGUAUACAAAAACUCAUUUAACUGAACUCACAUAAUAUGACACACCCAUAGUGUACAGAGAGAGUCAGAGAGUUCCAGAGUAAGGGAUUUGCAGCAGCAGCAGCAUCAGCAUCAGAAGAAUGUCUUGGUUGCUGAUUUUCAUGAUUCUCAUCUGCUUCCUCUUCAAUAAUCUCUCAGAGGCUAAAAAUGAGAAGAAGCUUCUUCCAUCUGCAGUUGUAGUGGGCACUGUUUACUGUGACACUUGUUUCCAGCAAGACUUCUCUAAAAGCAGCUACUUCAUAUCAGAUGCUUCGGUUGCAGUUCAAUGUGGAGAUGGAAGCUCAAAACCCAGUUUUAGCAAGGAAGUGAAGACUAAUAAACAAGGAGAGUUCAGAGUUGAUCUACCUUUCACUGUUAGUAAACAUGUCAAAAGAAUCAAGAAAUGCUCAGUGAAAUUAAUUAGUAGCAGUGAGCCUUUCUGUUCAGUGGCCUCUAGAGCUACUUCCUCAUCACUCCAUCUAAAAUCAAGGAAACAAGGAGUUCACAUUUUCUCCGCUGGGUUUUUCACCUUCAAGCCAUUGCGAGAGCCAGAGAUGUGUAGCCAGAGACCAAGACUUGAAACCUCUAAGGAACAACAACUCGUUCCCCAAAACUCAUUCCUUCCCAGUCCUGGCAUAAUCCCAACAUUCCCACCUGUAACUCAGGAUCCAACCAUACCAAAUGUACCCUCUCUCACACCCACAACUCCAUAUUUAUCUCCUCUUCCUAUACUCCCCAAUCUUCCACCAUUGCCACCAUUACCAGUUCUCCCUCCCCUGCCACCAUUAAUGUCAGGACAACCAAUUUUACCACCUCUGCACAAUGCUAAAAUGCUUUCAGGCAAAACUGUAUCAACUCAUCAAACUAUAAGCCACCCAACUUUCUUGUUUCCCCCUUUGGUUCCGCCAAUAUUCCCAACACCACCGCCAUUUGGUAUUCCAAAUCCAUUUCAACCUCCACCACUUCUGCCCCCACUCCCAUUUCAGCCACCACCACCACCAUUUUUCAACCUUCCACCAGUUCCAGGGCUAUCUCCACCACCAUCACCACCACCUUUCAAUCUUCCACCAGUUCCAGGCCUAUCUCCACCACCAUCAUCACCACCUCCAUUUUUCAACCUUCCACCAAUUCCAGGGCUAUCUCCACCACCAUCACCACCCCCACCACCAAGACUACCCUUUCCUUUCCCUCCAUUUCCGUUCCCACCUCCAGGGGGCUUCCCAGGCAUUCCUCCAGCUCCUCCACGUUUGAAGGAACCCUCUCCUUGAGGUUUUCGAGUGAAACGCAAUCUGCAUUAAUGCUUUAAUGUAUUAUUGUUCAAUAAAUAAAGCUGCUUUCUUCUUCUGUUUUUUUUCCAUGUUUUGGGUUUGCUGUAAUAUCACCGUAUCAGUUACAAGAUGGGCAUAUAUUUAUAGCACCAAAGUUAGCGUGUAAAUUCAUUAAACAUUUAAACCUUCUAAUAAGGCUUCAAUUCAUGAACAUUGUUAGCUUAUUUCAUUUUAUUUCUU